AUGAUGCUCUCCAAGAAAGGAUAUAGGAAACUGAAGGUGAGCUUUGCUACACAGGAAGCCGACAUCUUCUAUAGCCCACUAAAGACUAGUCCACCAGUUCUAGCUGAGGCUGCAACCUCUAACGGCUUCCCAGCCAUGGUCGGGGACAUCCAGGAAGCUGUGUCUCUCAUGGCAGACCAAGAGCUGGAGGUGACGGUUUCUGUCGAGGGGAUGACCUGUAUGUCGUGUGUCCGCAACAUUGAGAGCACCAUCUCCAAGAAACCUGGGGUGAAGAGCAUCACGGUUUCCUUGGAGAAGAAGAUGGCAACUUUGAUCAUUGACCCAGCUCAGAUUAGCCCAGAAGAUGCAGCAGAAGCUAUUGAUGACAUGGGAUUUACAGCGAAAUUGUUAAGUCCAUUCCCAUCAUCCCCUUCCACAACUCAGGCUGUGACACAAAUUCAAAUUGAAGGAAUGACUUGCCAGUCAUGUGUACGGAACAUUGAGAAUACAAUAUCUGCAAAACCAGGGAUUAUCAAUAUAAAGGUCAGCCUUUCUGGCAAAUGUGCCAACGUGACCUUUAACCCUAAAGUAACUAAUCCUGCGUCGAUAGCAGAACAGAUAGAUGACAUGGGGUUUGAGGCUUCCGUAGACGAGAACUUGUCAGACAAUGCUGGAUUCAAGUUAAGUAAUACUACAAAUCUAGAACAGGGAGACACCUUGCUGCAGACUGUGAUCAACAUUGGUGGAAUGACAUGCAACUCUUGCGUUCAAACUAUUGAAGAGAAUUUAUCAAAGAAUGCGGCUGUUAAAAGUAUCAAAGUGUCGCUGGCUGACCAGAAUGGAACUGUUGAGUAUUUUCCUAAUCAGAUCACACCAGAUAAGCUAUGUCAGCUGAUCAGCGACAUGGGCUUCCAUGCUUCAUUGCAAGGAAAGCCUAGAAUCAUCCGCUCAAUCAGCCAGACAAUCAUCGAUGAGACCUCGUCACCCAGCCCCAACUCUAACAAGAUGGAAUCCAACAAUUCAGAGUUAGAGAAGUGUUACCUGCAGGUCACCGGCAUGACUUGUGCUUCCUGUGUUGCCGCCAUCGAGAAGAAUGUCAAGAAGAUGGAAGGGGUUCACAGUAUCAUGGUCUCCCUGAUGGCGCAGAAGGCAGAGGUGGUCUAUGAUCCAGCAUACGUGUUGCCAGGACAGAUAGCAAACAAGAUUGAAGAUAUUGGCUUCAAUGCCUCAGUCAUGGAAGGAGAUGUCUCAGGGCGGGGAACGGUUGAGCUGACAAUCACAGGAAUGACUUGUAGCUCAUGCGUCAACCAGAUUGAGAGCAACAUCAAGAAACGAAAAGGUAUUCUUUCUGCCUCAGUAGCCCUGGCUACCAACACGGGAAAGUUCACGUUUAAUUCUGAGAUCACUGGACCUCGGGAUAUCAUUGAGGCUAUCAAGGAUAUGGGAUUUGAAGCUCACCUCAAAUCGGACGAUGAUGAGCGGGCUUCUCGCUAUGACCACCGAGACGAGAUCAAAAGAUGGCGAACCUCAUUUCUGUGGUCACUGGUGUUCGGCGCUCCCUCCAUGAUUGUCAUGAUGUACAUGAUGUUUGGCAUGGGCGACGACUCCUCACAUGACGGCCACAACAUGACCCGGAGGAAGACACCGUCACAUAUACACUACACUCAGAUCACCAUUGUCCCAGGGUUGGAUGUCUUGAACCUGAUCAUGUUUCUUCUGGCUACCCCAGUUCAGUUUGUCGGGGGCAGAUAUUUCUACAUUCAAGCAUACAAGGUCGUCAAACAUGGCUCCACUAACAUGGACGUCCUGGUCGUUAUGGCAACAACAAUCUCUUAUGCCUACUCCAUUGCUGUCGUGGUGGCCGCCAUGGUGAUGCAGGAGGAGUUCAGUCCGCCGACUUUCUUCGAGACCACGCCCAUGCUGAUGGUGUUUAUCUCCCUUGGCAGGUGGCUGGAGCAUAUAGCCAAGGGUAAAACCAGCGAGGCUCUGGCCAAACUCAUCUCCCUACAACCCAAGGAGGCAGUGAUGGUGGAAGUAGACAAGCAGUUCCAGAUCCUCUCGGAGAAGAUCAUCAGCCUGGACCUCGUCCAGCGAGGGGACAUCCUCAAGGUGGUGCCAGGAGGGAAGAUCCCAGUGGAUGCCAAAGUUGUUUAUGGCCACUCGUCCUGCGACGAAUCCUUAAUUACAGGAGAAAGCAUGCCUGUUCCAAAGUCUGUCGGUUCGUCUGUGAUUGGUGGCAGCAUCAACCAGAAUGGUAUGCUGCUAGUGGAGGCCACAUAUGUUGGAGCAGACACCACUUUAAGCCAGAUUGUCAAACUUGUGGAGGAGGCACAGACGUCCAAGGCCCCAAUCCAGAACUUAGCGGACAAGAUUGCUGGAUACUUUGUGCCCAUAGUCUCCUUGCUGUCCCUGGUCACUUUGAUCGUGUGGGUGGCUAUCGGUUAUGCAGAUAUUACACUCAUUGAGCCAGAUUAUGAUCCGGACGACCUCACUCCCCGUGCAGAGAUCAUCUUUCAGAAAGCUUUCCAGUACGCCAUUACUGUGUUGAGCAUUGCCUGCCCCUGCGCCCUGGGGCUUGCCACGCCGACUGCAGUAAUGGUGGGCACCGGAGUUGGGGCCAUUAAUGGGAUCCUCAUCAAGGGGGGAGAACCCCUGGAGCUGACACACAAGAUCAAGGUGAUUGUUUUCGACAAGACUGGUACCAUCACGCACGGUGUGCCCAGGGUAGCUAGAGUCUCUCUGUUCGUCAAGAGUAAGGAUUGCUCUUUCAUCAAGUUCCUGGCCGUCGCUGGCACUGCAGAGACCAGUAGUGAACAUCCUAUAGCCUCGGCAAUUCUGAAAUAUGUGAAAGAGACGCUGGCUACGGAAAGUUUGGGUAAAGUAUCUGACUUUUCCGCUGUCCCGGGUUGUGGGAUCAAGUGUAAAGUUUCCCUUGUGGACAACCUGAUAAAUGGGGUCGACACAGAUGCUGUCAACUCUCGGAUGAACCAGGUUGGCAGUUUGCGGAUACGGAUUGACAACCUGAUUUUUGGUGACCAGGAAAUCCAUGGAGAUGGAACUAACCUGCUGUUGGGAGCCCAGGCGUCACAGAGCUUUGAUGUCCUCAUCGGCAAUCGUGAGUGGAUGCACAGAAACGGCAUGACUGUCACUGAUACAAUGGAUGAGGUCAUGGCCGAGCAUGAGAUGCAGGGUCACACGGCAGUACUGGUUGCUAUUGAUGGCUGCAUCAUCGGGAUGAUGGCCGUGGCUGACACAGUCAAACCAGAGGCUCACCUGGCAGUUCAUGAGCUGAAGAAAAUGGGUCUAGAAGUCAUUCUGCUGACUGGAGACAACAGGAAGACUGCUAAAGCUAUCGCCAGACAGGUUGGGAUAAAGAAAGUCUAUGCGGAGGUGUUGCCAUCACACAAGGUCAAGAAGAUCAAGCAUCUGCAGGCAACAGGGGUCAAGGUUGCAAUGGUAGGAGAUGGGGUCAAUGACUCCCCAGCCCUAGCCCAGGCCGAUGUCGGCAUCGCUAUAGGAACAGGAACUGAUGUGGCCGUGGAGGCGGCGGACAUUGUCCUCAUUAAGAAUGACCUGCUGGACGUGUAUGCAGCAAUCAAACUGUCCCGAAUGACUGUCCGGAGAAUCCACAUCAACUUCCUGUCUGCUUGUAUUUAUAACAUCCUGGGUAUUCCAAUUGCCGCUGGUGUGUUUAUGCCACUUGGUCUCUCUCUGCGACCCUGGAUGGCAUCAGCAGCAAUGGCCUUGUCCUCAGUUUCUGUCGUUGCGGCAUCAUUGUUACUUAAAACAUUCCGAAAACCAACCAAAGAAUCCUUGUUGACCCAGGAAUACUACAAGUUAUAUUACCAAGAUCAGGAUACGGAUGACAUUUCCUUACAUCGAGGAGAUGACUGGGAAAAUCCACCUAGACAACCACGACAGAACAGCAACAACUCCAAGCUUAGCUGGUUCAAGGGCAAGUCUGCGUCGUCACCUGAUCACCGAAGUCUUCUGGACACGGUCGAUGAUACUGAGUUAGAGAUGGGAGUGCUCUGA